UGUAAAAUGUAAUUGGACCGCUGUGGUUUAACUUUAACUGCUCGCUUCCUUGGCCUUUUGACGUUUCCUCCUACCAAAUUAAGUGGAUUUUCUUUAGCCAAAAAAUAGGGCGAAAAUGCCUCCAGGAGUUGAUAAACACUCGCCUGGUGCUAAAAUUGUCAAAGAGGGAUGGCUCCAGAAACGAGGUGAAUAUAUAAAGAACUGGAGGCCACGCUACUUCCAGCUUUGGAGUGAUGGAUCUUUCCUCGGGUAUAAAGACCCUGCCAAGACAGACGAAGAGCCGUUGAACAAUUUUACAGUACAAAAAUGUCAAAUAGUUAGAGCUGAAAAACCUAAACCUCAUUCCUUCUUCGUCAGAUGUUACCAAUGGACAACACUUGUUGAAAGACUGUUUCAUGUUGAAACCAACAGUGAAAGAGAGGAUUGGUUACGUUGCAUUCAGGAAGUCUCCAAUAACAUCCACGCCAAGGAAGAAGCGUUACCAGAGCAGAAGCAUGUCUCUGAAGGACGGAAAAUGUCAUUAGAUGACUUUGCAAUUUUGAAAGUUCUCGGAAAAGGCACAUUUGGCAAGGUGAUGCUUGCCAAACAAAAAACCACUGGUGAACUCUUUGCCUUAAAAGUUUUGAAAAAAGAAGUAAUUGUUGCUAAGGACGAAGUUGUUCAUACAUUGACUGAAAACAGAGUGUUGCAACAAUGCAAGCAUCCAUUUUUGACGGAGCUGAGGUAUUCGUUCCAAACGCGAGACAGAUUGGUGUUUGUCAUGGAAUACGUGAACGGCGGUGAGUUAUUUUUCCAUCUGUCAAAAGAACGUGUCUUCGGCGAAGAGCGGAGCAAGUUUUACGCGACAGAAAUUAUCUUGGCGGUACAAUAUCUUCACGAACAAGGGGUUGUGUACAGAGACCUGAAGUUGGAGAAUCUUCUUUUGGACGCGGAUGGUCACAUCAAGAUAACAGAUUUUGGUUUGUGUAAAGAAGAAAUAACGUAUGGUGCAACGACCAGGACAUUCUGUGGUACACCUGAAUAUCUUGCCCCAGAGGUCUUAGAAGACAGUGAUUAUGGUCGCUCAGUCGAUUGGUGGGGAGUGGGAAUCGUUAUGUAUGAAAUGAUGUGCGGUCGAUUGCCUUUCUACAGUCGAGACCACGAAGUGUUGUUUGAGCUUAUACUGACGGAGGAUGUAAAGUUCCCGCAACGUUUAUCAGACUUGGCCAAGGCAGUGCUUUCAGGAUUACUGGAAAAAAAUCCAAAAAAACGGUUGGGUGGUGAUAUUUCGGAUGCGAAUCAAAUUAAACGACAUCCGUUUUUCAGCGAUGUCGUAUGGGAUGAUGUUCUCAAUAAAAAGGUAAAACCCCCUUACGUACCAUCAAUAAAAGAUGAUCAAGACACGUCAUAUUUCGACAGAGAGUUCACAGAACAACCCGCCCAACUUACGCCCCCUGGAGUCGGAGGUGCCCUAGAUGGAAUUCCUGAAGAGGCAGACGUGCAAUUCCAGAAGUUUUCUUACAUCAACACGGAAAAUUUACCAAAUGAGACGCAAUAAUUUGUUCCUAGGCCAUCGGGCGCACCUCAUUUGUAAAAAAACAUUUGACGCAAAGACGCGUCAAAUUUAUAAUAUUGCUCUUCUUGAGUGGCCUCUAAAAUUGCCCGGGUCUUGCCGGAGAUAUAGGGUGGGGAGGGCUGGGGCAUGUUUUGUCGAACCUAGUUUCCAGGAUUCCUGGGAACAAUUUUUGGGUUUCUUACGCUAUUUUAAGUUAUUUUCAAAAAUAAUUUUUAAUCGCUAUUUUCAUGAGAAUCGGAAUUUUUUAUUUUCAACAAAUACUCAUAUUCUUUAUUUUGCAUCGUUAUAUAUAUUUAAACUUUAGUACGUGUGCCAUUGCGCAAAACAAUGCUCGUUUUCUGUGAAACGAGCUACGAAUUUCCAGUAAUUUGAUAACUUGAACUAUUGAAAUAUUUUUACGUACUGUACAAUACAAUUAGAACUACACAUCUACGCGAGUAUUUAAAAUUAGAAUACAUAGAAGGAAUUUACAAAGUCAGCUUUUAAUAGCCGGUGCUUCUAGCAUAAAAACAUAAACGAGCUUCUCGGAAUUUUUGUAAAAUAUGAAUAAGUACUAUAGGUUAUGAUGUAUUUUCACCACAUCAGGAUAAACGUAGCUAUAUACAUUAUAAGGAUACAUACCCGUAGAGGAAUUUACGAGUUCUUCCUGC